UUUUUACCUCCGCCCAGUUGCCAUGAUAAUCACAUCGCGAUACCAGUGAUACCGACCGAUAUCCAAUGAUACUCCUGCAGAGUAAUGGCUCAAAAUAGUCGCUGGGACACCAUUCUCGCUGUCGCAGACCUUCCUCCUCCGGGGCCUUCAUACUACACUGCACGCAGAGCUCUUUGGCUCACUCCACGAAAUACCUCUAAUCAGACAAAAGCAAACAAGGAGCCGCUCGUUCUUGCCCAACAGAAGAAAUUGACUGAUCUAGUCAACGAUCCAACCAAGGCUCAAACAGAAUCGGGCUGGAACGAAGGGAUUCGAUUGGUUUGGGAAGGCCUCAGCAAUGGCCGAAAAUUGACUGUUUCAAUGCCUCUCUCGCUUAUCAUAAAAAUCACACAUGCAGCUUGGAUUAGAGAUAAUACAUGGCCGUUAGGUGCUAUAGCACCGGAGCCAGACGAUGAGCUACCGGUUGGACUCCCUGGUGAUGAUCGUCGCUAAAAGUUGGGGAAGAGUGAAUGGGAUGGGACAGAGACUUGUUGAGAGAUGGACGAAAUACCUUGACAUUGCUUUGCCGUGACACUGACAUGCAUAUAUCCUUCAAUUCUUUCAAGUUACUGUUGCGAUAACGGGUUCAAAACACAAGUGUUACAACAAUAUAUUGGCAGAGGGCCCAGAGCC